AUGUUGAUGAUUAAUUUACGGCUUGUUAUCGUGACUAUUAUUCUGACGCAGCGCAAGUAUCUCAGUGCUAGGGGUGAAGAUGCCUUACAAAUUCGGCAAACCUUUAAUUCUAAUAAUAAUAAUAAUAAUAAUAAUAAUAAUAAUAAUAAUAAUCGACGUGAUAGUAUUAACAAAACGGAUAUGUUGUAUCCUGAACAUCAAAUACCUGCUGUUAUUCAACCUGGAAAUAUAUCCAAGUUUUACUAUCUCAGUCACAGAGACGGGCAUCCUCUUACACUUAUUGUCACACCCUGCAGUGGAGCUAUUGAGUGGACUGUCAACUGCCUUGAGGCACCACCGGAUAAUCGGCAAGGCGAAGCUGAAUCAGCAGCAUUGACACGAUGGCCAGUAAACGCACUUAUACCGGGAUCACCGUUAUUCAGCUACCAGGGCGACGAGGCGCAAAACUUUACAAUCCCGCGAGUCCGUGCGGGACUUUACAGACUUGAGAUAAAAACUAAAGAUGUAACUACCGAUGCCAACAUUCUUGAUAGAUCGCCGAAGACGGUCUUGCUCUACGCAACCUCCACAGCAGCAUUGACACGAUGGCCAGUAAACGCACUUAUACCGGGAUCACCGUUAUUCAGCUACCAGGGCGACGAGGCGCAAAACUUUACAAUCCCGCGAGUCCGUGCGGGACUUUACAGACUUGAGAUAAAAACUAAAGAUGUAACUACCGAUGCCAACAUUCUUGAUAGAUCGCCGAAGACGGUCUUGCUCUACGCAACCUCCAAUCCACACUCGUCCAACUACUGUCUCGCAGUGACUUCUGGAGGCAGUCAGCACCCACCAACUCUCUGUGCAGCCCAAAAUCUUCUAGAAACCCACUCCCGGCCGACAAAAACCUACGGUUCCUCCAGAGAACACCAGCACCGCGGAGAUCCCGAGGGUUUGCAUUGUUUCAACCAGACGAAGCUGACCCUUCAUGGCCUGAAAUACAACACCACGUAUGACUUCACUCUUUAUGUGGUGAGCACGAGAAAUAAUGUUUCAACUCGAGUGUCCACGGAGUCAUUCAAGUUCCGACGAACUCCAGCCCAGGUGUUGCGAACUGGUCGUUACGUCACCGCUAAUUUGGGAAAAUACGACGGAUUCAUGAAUUUCCAGUACCAGCCUCCGCACAAUGGAACCACGGAGUUUUAUAUUUUUCCUUGUGGAGGAGGAAUUGUGUGGGCUAAACUUCGGGGGCCAUCUGGAGUUAUCAAGAAAAAAGAAGUAAUAGGACACGCUUCCUUAAAAGCCCCGUCCUUAGAACCAGGAAGCCGCUACACCCUGGGAAUCUACGCAACUCCCCAGGAACUGACAAAAGUGUCGUCUGUAAAAGUUUUAGCCACUCCAGAGGGUUCCAUCUUGUAUCCCGAACAGGUUCCCACAAAAAGUCUGCCGCGGGAGUAUCGAUCGCUCCGCAAGUGCCACGAAGUGACAGUCGGCGUAGAAUCAGCGGGGGCGGCUAAAUACUGCGUCCUGGUACGGGAGUUACGAGGCUCGUCUGCCGCGGGGAUCGCGAGCAUACCUGACCAGUGUGGGCUCCACCGGCGACGCAGAUCCGAGUACACUCUGGAGCAGUGCGAGGACAGGGCGAAUCCUCCCGACAACCGCGCGCUUCUCUUCACCGUGAAAAGACUUCAACCCGCGAAGGCUUAUCUUCUUCAGAUUACUGCCCAAAUAAAUGGCCAGUCGCUUUCAUAUCCGCUUAUUGAUGUACACACUCGGAGAUGUCAGCUCUAA